AUGGAUCCCGCCGGUCGAUCUCUGCUAAGUUUAGCCGCUGCCAUUGGAAACGGUCCUAUUGUACAAGAACUUCUGGCUCGUGGUCUUGACGAGGCACAUCGAGAUCAUGCCGGUUGUACACCAUUGCAUUUGGCUGCUGCUGGACCAAGCUCGGCGACAUCGGCCAAUNCAAUUGUGAAACGGAGGCGACCGCUGAACAGUACUGCGAAGUCAUUCGGGUUCUCGAAUCGGGAGUCAUAUGUCGAUAAAAUUAGAUACUACGAAAAAAGACAUUUCCCCUCUAACAUGAUCCGUGACUACAUACUACUGGAAAGCGGCGCUCAUGCAGAGGACACGGAUAAUGCGGGUCGUACCCCGCUUCUGACCGCUUGUGAAUGCAAUCAGUUGGCUGCCGUUGAGGUACUUCUCACCCAAACUCCACCGAGCUCAUUCAAUUACCACAGUCCGAAUCGAUCCGGUACCCCGUGCUCGCUCAACUCGACAGAGCCAUCAGGAGCGACAGGUCAUCAUGCACACGGACCUUUCGGUAUGGCCGGUGCAGACACCUACGGUCGGACCACGUUAUACCUCCUAGCUCUGGAGGGCAUGCUCGAUAUGGCUGAUCUAUUGUUACACACACCGGCUCCCGGUGCUCACAUGCGUCCCGGAUCCGCUGGUCUAGUUGGUGCUAAUCCCGUUCUGUCCGAUGAUGAGGGUCGAUGUCCGCUACAUGUGGCCACUUGGCAAGGACACCUUGAGAUGGUGAAACUGUUGCUCCAGGCGAAUGGAGGCAAUGUGAUGACAGUAAACUUGAUUUAA